GUCCAGUUGCCCUUGUGGAAAAAGUCACAUCUUUCAGUAUUGUUUUGGUUUAAGAAACACAAGUAGUUGAUUAGAGCAGAUGUCUACAAGACAUGAUAAGGCUAUUCUGGAUGCAAUAUUUAACCCUUACCUACCCUUGGGUGAGGGGACUGUUCUUCAACAAGAAUGCAAUUUGAAAGACGAAUCAAACGAGACUGAAGGCCUCGUAACCCAGGAGGAGUUGGAGGCUAAAACUCUCGAAGCAGAGGCCGUGAGAAAAGCUGAGUCUGGGAUUUUAACCGAGGCUGUGGAAAUGUUUAGCUUAGCCUUAAAGUUAGCGCCUGGGAGAGCUUCUAUAUACAACAAUCGAGCCCAGGCAUAUCGGCUGUUGGGUGAUGAUACUGCUGCCCUUCAAGACCUGAAUCGCGCGAUAGAGUUGAGUUGUGGCCAAGGAGAGGUGGCGCGGUUGGCGCUGUGUCAGCGCGCUCUGCUACAUCGGCGCCAGGGAAAUAAUACAUCAGCUGGUGCCGACCUACGUGCUGCUGCAGCACUUGGCAGUGACUUUGCCAAACAGCUGCUUGUGCAGAUGAAUCCCUAUGCUGCAAUGUGCAACCAAAUGCUUAAACAAAUGUUUACCAAACAGAACCAAAGGGUAGGCCUAAAUCAAUAAUCAAUAACUUAAUUGGUUUCAGAAGUAGGUAGUAAUUCUGAAACUUAUAUCUAAAUUUAAAUAAGCCUUAUUAAUUUUUUAAAGAUUUAUUUCAUUAUGAAACAAAAUCUGGAAUAUAACCGUAACUUAGUUAUAUGAGCACAUAUUAUAAUAUUUUUUAAUUUUUAUUACUUGUUAUCAGAUUGGUUUUAGAUAUUUUAAUGUCUUGCACUAACAACUCUUCGAUAGGUGUCAGUAUUAUGUCUUCACUGUGUUUGAAUUGAAAUUCAAUAAAAUGUAUAUUUAAGUAUUG